ACUAAUAAUUGUCACUAAAAUAAUCAUCAAAAGUUCAUUUUUUACCUCGAAACAAAGGUAUUAAGGAAAUCGCAAGGCUACUUUUGUACUUUUUGUAAACGCCACCUUAAAGGUUGUCGCUAAACGUAAAUACCGUAAUCUCCUGAAAAUGUUGAAAAAAUUCGUCUCGGUAUUUGUUGUUACCUAUACAAUCUGUGCCUAUACCUAAUUAUUUACUUAGCUGCGAAACGUUUUCCCCGAUAAUAUGUUUUUGUUAGCAAGUUCUUUAUUUCAGAAAAAUCUGUAAUAUUGUAUUGUAUUGUAAAUUGAGUCCCCAGAGUGAAAUAAAAUCUUAAAUGCUCUCAAGGCGAAGAUAGUUGUACAGUACAUUGCCUCAAACAAUAAAUUAAUUCCCUUUUGUUCUAGUCAAGUGACCUGUUGUAAUGGAAUCAAACAUGAAAGUACCUAAUACCUAUAAAGAGAAACGAAGUUUUGUACAGAAUUUAGAAGGAUAUGACAGUGGAACCAGUUGUAAUACUUUUCAUGUUACCAUUCCAUAUGUCGGCGUUGACAAUACAAAAUUUAAGUUUGGAAAAGUCUUGCAGAGUUAAUCUUAACAUGAGUGACUCAGUAUGUGAUGCUAUUCACCAACGGGACCGUUCAGGCUAUAACGAUACCGAUGAAAUCGCCGUACAAAAAGUCGUUGCGUCGGCGUAUAUUUGGAAAUUUGUGCGGUGUAUGGUGUUUUUCCUGCGAUGUUAUUGCCAUUGUUGGGUUCGUGGAGUGAUCGUAAUAAGACUAGGAAGGUUUUAAUACUUUUGUCUAUUAUCGGUGAAGUAAUUACCAACGUCGCAUUCAUCUUCUGCACUUAUUUUUAUUAUUUUUACGAAUUACCAAUGGAAGUGAAUACUCUUGCCGAAGUCCUGCCCACGGCGAUGACAGAGGAGGUUCCCACAUACUAGUUCUUGGUGUGUUCACUCAUGUCUCAUCUAUUACUAAUACUGAAGAUAGAACAUUUAGGAUAGGAAUUGUGCAUACCAUAAUUUGCAUAUGUUUAACAAUUGGGAGUGCAUUAAGCGGUGUGAUUUAUAAAGGCAUAGGAUUUUAUGGAGUACGUUGUCGCUAGUUUUGUAUGCAUUAGCAGGACUGUAUGCAUAUUACAAAGUAAAGGAAGAGGCGCCCAUUGAGAAAAAAACUCGUACGAAAUACGAACUAAUGAAAGACAUUGUUAAUAUUAAAAAGACCCUGUCUACUUUCCACUUCCUUGUGAAACCAAAUCGUCUUAUACAAAGGAAACAGAUUUUCGUAAUACUCUUUUUGGCCAUAUUAAUACUUGGGCCCUUUGUGGGGGAAGGCACACUCAUCUAUUUAUAUACAAGACUUAAAUUUAACUGGGAUGAAAUUCAUUAUAGCAUUUAUUUCGGUUAUACUUCUGUGGCUCAUCUAAUGGGAAAUUUUUCUGCUCUAUUAAUAUUUUCGCAGUGGUUGAAAUUUGAUGAUGCUAUAUUAGGAGCCAUUUCUAGUGGAAGUAAAAUAUGCGGAGGAAUUGUUUUUAUCUUGGCAGAGAAGUCUUUCUUAUUCUAUAUAGCAUCUCGAUCGAUAAUAACAAAGUUAGUUGACGAGAAAGAUUUAGGUAAAGUGAAUUCUUUACUUGGGGUCGCCGAAUCUAUAACGAUUUUGUUAUAUGUACCUGUGUACAGCGCUCUCUAUACAGCGACACUUAACAUAUUCUCUGCGUCAUUUUACGUUGGAAUUUUCUUGACGAUACCUGCAAUCUUGUUGUAUUCGUGGCUGUAUUUCAACAGAAACAACCGUUUUAUGGGAGAAGAAAUGAAAGUUACUGAAUAUGAAUCUGUUUUACGAAGGGGCCAAAGUUAGAAAUGAAAUAUCCUGUGAAUAUACUGGAGCAUAAAUACAGUUUUUCGUUUA